AUGUCCGUUGAUGUGCAAAAGAAAUUGGACCAUUCUUUUUUAAAACUUUUUACAAAAGAUUUACAACCAUUCAGUGUUGUUGAUGAUGCUGGUUUCAAAGAAUUUGUACAUUUGCUUAAUCCUGCUUAUAAAAUUCCUAAACGCCAUUCCGUAUCCAAAGUAUUGAUCCCUGCAGAGUAUGAAAAAUGUUUGAAUGCAAUGAAAGAUGUAAUUGAAAAGGACUUGGAAACCGCUUGUAUUACAACCAACUGUUGGACUUCCAGAAACACAGAAGGUCUUAUGGCUAUAAAAUUACAUUUUAUAGAUCAAAAUUUUGUACUCAAGUCAAUUUUAUUGAGUUGCCAUCCUUACAGUGAAAGCCAUACAAGUGAAAAUCUUAGUAAGGAAAUCAAGAAUGUUUUACAACAAUGGGGUGUGUAA